CCUAAACAUUAUAUAAACACCCGGUAAACACAGUCAAUAUCAAACAGAAGUGAAGCAUACCAAGGAAAACACGUAAACUACAGAUAUUUCUGGAUUACUGAAGAUAACACACCACGAUGAAGAGUUUUCUCCACUUACAAGUGCUACUACUGGUAGCCGUGUGCUACCUUGUGCACGAGGCUGAAGCACGUCAUUGGAGACGACGAUGCAAUGUACUUAGUGAGCCAGUGUGUGGUGUUGACGGUCGAUCAUACAGGAACAAAUGUGUCGCUAAUCGCAGGAGAGUACAGAUCAAGUGUGAGCGUGGAUGUCCCUGUGACGUGGACAAUCGAUGUGUAUGUACCAAGGAGUAUAACCCUGUUUGUGGGGUAGACGGCAAUAACUACGACAACCCUUGUACAGCAAAAUGCGCGCGGACCACUAUCGGCUGUCAGGGAAGAUGUCCUUGUAGGUCUCGAUGUGCAUGUACCCGGGAAUUGAACCCUGUAUGUGGCACGGACGGCAAGACAUACAACAAUCCUUGUGGGGCAAAAUGCGCGGGUGUGUCAGAGGCCUGUAGAGGGCAGUGCCCCUGUAAUAGAGCCGCGCCCUGCAUCUGUACCAAGGAAUAUAAUCCAAUAUGUGGAGUAGAUGGGAAAACUUACGGAAACAAAUGUGUCUUAAAGUGCGCAAACGCUGCAGUAGGGUGUCUUGGUGAGUGUCCAUGCACUCCACCAAAACCAUGUUUAUGCCCUUUGAACUUUGACCCCGUCUGUGGAAUUGAUGGGAAAACCUACGGAAACACGUGUGGGGCGAAUUGCGCGGGUGUGGCAGAGGCCUGUAAAGGGGAGUGUCCGUGUAACAAAACCAAGCCCUGUAUAUGUACCGCAGAUUACCAGCCUGUGUGUGGUGUAAAUGGACAAACAUACGGAAACGUAUGCGGAGCUAACUGUGCUGGUUUGGACGUUGAGUGUAAAGGUGAAUGUCCAUGUAAGAGUCAAAAGCCCUGUAUGUGUACGCGGGAAUUCAGACCUGUGUGUGGACUAAAUGGGAAAACUUACAGUAACACGUGCGAGGCGAAGUGCGCGGGUGUGUCGGAGGCCUGUAGAGGGGAGUGUCCCUGUAAUAGAACCACGCCCUGUAUCUGUACCAAGGAAUACAACCCAGUAUGUGGCCUCGACGGAAAAACUUAUGGAAACGCAUGCGGAGCUAAUUGCGCGAAUGUUAAAGAGGCUUGUAAAGGCGAGUGUCCAUGCAAUCAACCAGUGAAGUGUGCUUGUCCAAAGAUUUUGAGACCCGUAUGUGGCAAGGACGGACGAACCUAUUCUAACGGGUGUGAAGCAUCAUGCCGAAACGUUAGCGUUGAAUGCAAAGCAACAUGCCCGUGUGAUGCCAGCAAAAUGCCUUUACGUGUUUGCGCAUGUCCUCGAAACUUUCGUCCGGUGUGUGGAAAGGAUGGCAAGAUGUAUAAUAACGCAUGCUUAGCAAAAUGCAGCCGGACGGAGAUAGCAUGUAAAGGGGCGUGUCCGUGCAAACCCAAACCAAGGAAAUCGAGGUGUGCCUGCCCUAGAAUGCACCGCCCUGUUUGUGGCAUCAACGGAAGGACCUAUUCAAACUCGUGUAUUGCAACAUGCAGAAACACGGACGUUGAGUGUCACGGUAGAUGUCCAUGUAAAAAACAAUGUGCAUGUCCUUUCAUCUUGAAGCCUGUGUGUGGUGUCAAUGGACAGACGUUCCCAAACUCGUGCAGCGCCCAAUGCAAGGGUGUCCGCGUUGAUUGUGACGGGCGCUGUCCAUGUGAUAAAGUAAAGAGAUGAAGAAGACUAACCAGUAAACGAAAGAGUUGUACCUGAUCAGAACUGAUAUCAAAAUAUGAGGAAGGGUCCAUUUAAUGUUUGUUUAAGCAGUAUCCAAAUCAUAUUAAGUUUAAUCCCCUACCCGUCCAAACCUAAGUUUUUCAGAUUUUAAAAUCAGUUUUGAUCCAGUACGUUAUGUAUUCUAAUGCAUAUGUGAGUAUAUCAAAUUUGUUGUAAUCCAUAUCAAUAGAACAACAACACAAUAUCACUGAUUUUCCGAAAAAAAUCUUUUAUUGAAAAAAAAUAAAAACAGGUUGUCUGUGUUACAUUUAUAUUAUCAAUUACAAAAAUAUACUGGAAAUCAAAGGAGAACAUGCAUGAAUAUACAAAAAUUGUGAAACCAUGUGUCAGUUUGAAGCGAAUGUAUUGACUUCGUUAACUGUCAAGACAAAUAUGUAAUUGUAUCGAAAUUUAUCAAGUUUUUUUGUUUUGUAGGAGUUUGUUUGCUAUUUCAGUUUCUCGUUUAAUAUGGAACUAGCUACAGUACAUUUGUUGAUUGAUAUACUCGCGUAUUGAUAAAAUUGCAUAUAUAUGUACUAGUGUGUGCAGAUAUUUGUUUGUUGACUAACUUGUGUGGUAAAGGUAGGAAAAUGUGGAUACUGUCUCUUGUUGAUACAUGUAUACUUGAUUUGAUUAAUUUGUAAAUGGAAUGUACAUCUUUACUUUGAAUUGAUGUGAAUAGUAUUUAUAAAACCAUAGUUUGACCUUAGUUUCUGUCUGUACUAAAGAUUUAUAUUUUUUUUUAUAUUUUUUACGACAAACCUGUUGUAUCUCAUUUCGAUAUUUAUUUAGUUCAUUAUUUAGAUAUUUACUAUGUGUGUGGGUCGUCAACUAUGUAAAUCAGCGUUUUAUCAGUUAAGCUGUCUUUAUGUAAUACAAGUUCACUUUGUAAUAUAUUUUGGUAAUUGUUUUAAUUGCCACUAAGAUGUAAAGCACACAUUUAUUUAAAACACUAAUCUGUGAUUACUUAACUUAUUCCCUGUAUUAGUAAAACAAAUUUGAGAAAAUUUAGAUACACCACCCCAAACAAACUCUCGAAGCAAAUAAUAGAACGAGACUUUUUGUGGAUUGUUUUGUAGUUAAAGGUUCCGACAGGCAUCAAACGCCAAAAAAACACUUGAAUUUCAGUUAUACUUUGAAUCUAACGUCACGUCAGGAUUGAUCUGCGAUGACACUCAAAGUAUGAAAGUCCUGAAGAGUUUCCAAAUAGAAAACACUACCAUGUAAUAGUCAGUCAUGUUUCUUGUGUAUAUAACACAUUUUUUGCUUGAUAUAUUUAUCUUAGAAAUAUAUAUAUGUAAUGUGAUACAUGUCAAUUGGCUUUGUAAUAAAUCGAUCUGUGAAUGUGUAA